AUGGCCGGACCUGAGUGGGAGUCGCUGGAGCAGUGCCUGGAGAAGCACCUACCACCGGCAGACUUGCGGGAGGUGAAGCGCAUUCUUUAUGGCAAGGAGACCAGGAAGCUUGAUCUGCCCAGCAGAGCUUUUGAAGCCGCCUCCGAAGGAGACUUUGAACUGCAGGGAUAUGCCUUUGAGGCGGCCCAGGAGCAGCUUAGAAGACCCCAGAUCGUUCGUGUGGGGCUGGUUCAGAACAGAACACCCCUCCCUGCAGGUGCCCCUGUGGCAGAACAGGUCUCUGCCCUUCACAGACGCAUAGAGUCCAUUGCAGAGGUGGCGGCGAUGUGUGGAGUCAACAUCAUCUGUUUCCAGGAAGCGUGGACUAUGCCCUUUGCUUUCUGUACAAGAGAAAAGCUUCCUUGGACAGAAUUUGCCGAGUCAGCAGAGGACGGGCCCACCACCAGAUUCUGUCAGAAGCUGGCAAAGAAGCAUGACAUGGUGGUGGUAUCCCCCAUCCUGGAACGAGAUGAAGAGCAUGGGGAUGUUUUGUGGAACACUGCCGUGGUGAUCUCCAAUUCUGGAGCAGUCCUGGGAAAGACCAGGAAAAACCACAUCCCCAGAGUGAGUGAUUUCAAUGAGUCAACUUACUACAUGGAGGGAAACCUGGGCCACCCCGUGUUCCAGACGCAGUUUGGAAGGAUCGCAGUGAACAUUUGCUAUGGGCGGCACCACCCCCUCAACUGGCUCAUGUACAGCAUCAAUGGGGCUGAGAUCAUCUUCAAUCCAUCGGCCACCACUGGAGCACUCAGUGAGUCCCUGUGGCCAGUCGAGGCCAGAAACGCAGCCACUGCCAAUCAUUGCUUCACCUGUGCCAUCAACCGCGUGGGUGAGGAGCACUUCCCGAAUGAGUUUACCUCUGGAGAUGGAAAGAAAGCUCACCAGGACUUUGGCUACUUUUAUGGCUCAAGCUAUGUGGCAGCCCCUGACAGCAGCCGGACUCCCGGGCUGUCCCGUAGUCGGGAUGGGCUGCUGGUUGCUGAGCUCAACCUCAACCUCUGCCGGCAGAUGAGUGAUGUCUGGAAUUUCAAGAUGACGGGCAGAUAUGAGAUGUAUGCACGGGAGCUUGCCGAGGCUAUCAAACCCAACUACAGCCCCACCAUUGUGAAAGAGUAG